CAACAACGGUACAAAAACAUAAACAUAAACACAAGACUAAUUCUAACGUUCCAUUAUUCAUUUGACUCAUCAAAAACAAAACCAAUAUCAAAAAACAAACAAAGAAAGAACAAAGCACAGGGAAAAAGAAAAAAAACAUGUCUUGCUCCGUCGCAGUUUCGAAUUCGCCGGUGUUUUCUCCUUCAUCGUCUCUCUUCUGUAAACAAUCAUCAAUCAUCUCGAACUCUGAAUCAUUAACGUUAUCUCUAUCUCAUCUCAAACCGAAUAACUCAUCAUCAACCACGUCGUCUCCGUCUCCGUCUUCUUCUCCUUCUUCUCCUUUUUAUCUCCGACUACCGAAACUACCCUCGGUGUUCUCAACUUCAUCCUCAAGUAACUCUACUUCUCAAAACGAUGCUGUUUUGAAAAGGAAGCGACCAACGAGACUUGAUAUACCUGUUUCUUCUCUGGGAUUUGGAGUUCCGGCGACACCGUCUGCGGUGGCGCGUGAUGUUGUGGAGGCUGAAGGAGACGGGUAUUCGGUUUAUUGUAAGAGAGGGAGGAGGGAGUAUAUGGAAGAUCGUUACACUGCUGGGGAUAAUCUUCGCGGAGAAAGCAAUUUGGCUUUUUUUGGCGUGUUUGAUGGACAUGGAGGUGCCAAAGCUGCGGAAUUUGCUGCGAAUAACUUGGAAAAGAACAUCUUGGAUGAGGUUAUCAUGAGUGAAGAGCAAGAUGUUGAGGAGGCGGUGAAGCGCGGUUACCUCAAUACUGAUUCUGAGUUCAUGAAACAAGAUCCCCAUGGUGGUUCUUGUUGUGUAACAGCAUUGAUUAGGAACGGUAACUUAGUUGUAUCUAACGCUGGUGAUUGCCGUGCUGUCAUUAGUAGAGGAGGGGUUGCAGAGGCGCUAACAUCUGAUCAUCGACCUUCCAGGGAAGACGAACGGGAAAGAAUUGAGACCUCGGGUGGUUAUGUUGAUUUAUGCCGUGGUGUUUGGCGGAUUCAAGGAUCUCUGGCUGUAUCUAGAGCUAUCGGAGACCGACACCUGAAACAAUGGGUGACUGCAGAGCCUGAGACUAAAGUUAUCAGCAUUGAACCCGAACAUGACUUGUUAAUAUUAGCAUCAGACGGUUUAUGGGAUAAGGUUAGUAACCAAGAAGCAGUAGACAUUGCUCGUCAAUUUUGCGUAGGAAACAACGAACAACGACCAUUGCUGGCAUGUAAAAAGCUUGCAGAAUUGUCUGCUUCGCGAGGCUCGUUGGAUGAUACGAGUGUUAUGCUAAUCAAAUUGAAACAUUAUACUUAGAAGGUUCAUUCGAAGAAGAGGAGAAGGUGGUGCAUGAUGAUAGAGAUUAGCUUAUUCUUUUAUGUAGAUAAUAAUUAUCAUUAGUUAUCGAUUAUUCAUAUCUGACGACAUUUAUCGGUGAUUUUUUGUACCCGUAGAUGGGUGGUAGAGAUUAAUUAACAUUGCAGUUUAGUAUAAUGUUUAUGUCAUAAUCAUGUAGUAACUUUUUAGAAUGAUUUUGGUAAUGAUUCAUUUAUUCUUUUAUACAAAAUUUGUGAUAGGUUUUAGUUU